GUGGCCGGCGAGUGAACGCAAACCUCCCACGUGUGCGCCACGCCCAACAGUGACGUCACGCCACGCCUUCAGCGCCGUUCUAGUGUGUGAACAAGCAAAUGUAAGCAACUUGGCCAAACCCUUCAUGGAAGUAAACGCGUCCGUGUCGGCUGGAAAAGGAAAUGCAAGCCACGAGUUGUCCUGAAAUAUGGUGCUUCAAUAGGCUUUGAUUUUCCUCACCUCGCCCGUCUUGCGAGUAUGGACCCGAGCCUGUGGCAGUACCAGUUCCGCAUCAUCAUGUUGGGCGACUCGACGGUGGGCAAGUCGUCGCUGCUCAAACGCUUCACGGAGGACCAGUUUCUCGAGGCCAUCGAUGAGACGGUGGGGGUGGACUUCUACGUUCACUUUAUGGAGGUGGAGCCCGGCGUCCGGAUCAAGUUGCAGUUCUGGGACACUGCCGGCCAGGAGCGCUUCAGGUCGGUGACGCGCUCCUACUACCGCAACUCAGUGGGAGGCCUUCUGGUCUUUGACCUGACCAACCGCGCGUCCUUCGAGCACAUCCGGGACUGGCACGCCGAGGUGUGCGAGCAUGUGCUGCCCCACCGGGUCCUGUUCGUCCUGGCGGGCCACAAGAGCGAUUGUGACAGCCAAGCCAAGCGGGCGGUGAGCCGCGACGAGGCCGAGAAGCUGGCCACCGUCAUGGGCAUUCCCUACGUAGAGGCCUCGGCCAAGACGGGCCACAACGUCAAGGAGACCUUCGAGCUGCUGGCCCGCCGGAUUUACAAAGGACUGGCGAGCGGGGAGGUGGAUCUGCACGAGGGCUGGGACGGAGUCAAGUGCGCUGCGCCGCUCGCUCUGCAGGGACACAGGAGCAGCCUGGCCCGAAAGAACAAAAAGAAAUGCUGUGACUAGAGUGGUUAAAGCCACGGUCCCCAACUUUGUUUGCACCAUGGACCAUUUACACUUCAAACAAUAUUUUGAUGGACUGACGCAGAAACAUAUUAAAAUAAACAUGAAAGGUGCAACUCAGCAUUUCUCUGGACGGAGUUGUUGUAAUUAGUGGGCAACAUGAACGUGAUUGCAGCCCGCAGAUCGGGAUUGGCCUCAAUGUGAGUGGAUCAAAAUGUUGGACUCUGCGCAGCGGCGGGAGUAGUUGAAACCGCCAUUUUGAUGCCCUUUCGGGUUAACAGAGAGCUCAUAGAGCCACUGAAGCAUCUUCAGGGGCCCUGAAAAUGGGGUAGUCAAAGUUGGUCUCCAGUGUCCCGACCACAGGUGUCAAACUCUGAUCCUCCAUGGCCACUAUCCUGCAUGGUUUAUGUGUUUCUCUCCUCAGAGGAUUCAACUGAUCAGCUCAUCAGCAAGCUCUCCAAUAACGAUCCUGAUCAUUUGAAUCCGGUGUGUUGGAGAAGGGAAAUAUUUAAAACACAGUGGCCCACGAGGAUCGGGAUCUGACACCUGGGGUCGAGACCAUUGGGUUCAAAAGUUGUGAUCAAAAGAUGUGUUUGUUACAGGUACAUAUGAGUGGCAUACGUGCAGUACCACAUAUCCCCAGCAGAACUCCCUGAAUGGUUGAGGUUCAUAUUUCGGUUUCGGUCUGUCGAUAGAAGGCGAAGGGGUCGAGAAUCCGCUCAGUGACUGGUUGAGGUUAAAUUUCAAGUUUAGAAGAAGGCGAUAGAAAACGCGUUUAAUGCGGCUCGACACGACCUACCUGCACGUACUACCAGCGUCCCUGUGUUUGACUCACAGCCCGGCCUCGGCUCGGAAAAUGGCAACCACAUAGGAUGAAUGGGAUGAGAUUUUCAUGGAGUUUGUGUAAUCUUU